GCAGCCGAGGAGUGGAGGCUGGGCAGCUCCGACUCCCUGACGCCAGCGAGACCAGAUCAAUCCAGGCUCCGGGAGCGGACGGGCGGGCGGAGGAAGGAGAGGCCGAGCGGCUCAGCGCGGGCCGAAGCGCGGGGAGGGACCCUGCGAGAGGAGCGGGCGCAGCUCCCGGCCGGCCGGACCGAGGCCGCGGGACCCCGGUCGCCCGGCCACUCGUGCGCCCGCGCGGACGGGCGCGCCGCCAACCCGGUGCUGAAUUUAGAUUACUUUUGGAAGCACUAGGAAUGGUAAUUUCUACUUUUCAGGACCUCAAACUAAGAAACUAGAGAAUCCUAUGUAAAUAAAUUGAUCUCUCUCCUGCUGUCCUAUUGCAUUUGGAGACUCCUUUGUUUCACCAUAUCCAAGGAGUAUAUAACUAGUUCCGCCAUUAUGAAUGUGACAAGUUUAUUUUCCUUCACAAGUCCAGCUGUGAAGAGACUUCUUGGGUGGAAACAGGGUGAUGAAGAAGAAAAAUGGGCAGAGAAAGCAGUUGAUGCAUUGGUGAAAAAACUGAAGAAAAAGAAAGGUGCCAUGGAGGAAUUGGAAAAGGCCUUGAGCUGCCCGGGGCAACCAAGUAACUGUGUCACCAUUCCCCGCUCUCUGGAUGGCAGGCUGCAAGUUUCCCACCGUAAGGGACUGCCUCAUGUCAUUUACUGCCGUGUGUGGCGCUGGCCCGAUCUUCAGAGUCACCAUGAACUAAAACCACUGGAAUGCUGUGAGUUUCCUUUUGGUUCCAAGCAGAAGGAGGUCUGCAUCAAUCCCUACCACUAUAAGCGAGUAGAAAGCCCCGUUCUUCCUCCAGUGCUAGUUCCAAGACACAGCGAAUAUAAUCCUCAGCACAGCCUCUUAGCUCAGUUUCGUAAUUUAGGACAAAAUGAGCCUCACAUGCCACUCAAUGCCACUUUUCCGGAUUCUUUCCAGCAACCCAACAGCCACCCGUUUCCUCAUUCUCCCAAUAGCAGUUACCCAAACUCUCCUGGAAGCAGCAGCAGCACCUACCCACACUCUCCCACCAGCUCAGACCCAGGAAGCCCUUUCCAGAUGCCAGCUGAUACGCCACCACCUGCUUACCUGCCUCCUGAAGACCCCAUGACCCAGGAUGGGUCUCAGCCAAUGGACACAAAUAUGAUGGCACCUUCACUGCCCUCAGAAAUCAACAGAGGAGAUGUUCAGGCAGUUGCUUACGAGGAACCAAAACACUGGUGCUCUAUUGUCUACUAUGAGCUCAACAAUCGUGUGGGUGAAGCGUUCCAUGCCUCCUCCACAAGUGUGUUGGUGGAUGGUUUCACUGAUCCUUCCAACAAUAAGAACCGUUUCUGCCUUGGGCUGCUCUCCAAUGUUAACCGGAAUUCCACUAUUGAAAACACUAGGCGGCAUAUUGGAAAAGGAGUUCAUCUUUAUUAUGUUGGAGGGGAAGUAUAUGCUGAAUGCCUUAGUGACAGUAGCAUCUUUGUGCAAAGUCGGAACUGCAACUACCAUCAUGGAUUUCAUCCCACUACUGUAUGCAAGAUUCCUAGUGGGUGUAGUUUGAAAAUUUUUAACAACCAAGAAUUUGCUCAGUUACUGGCACAAUCUGUGAACCAUGGUUUUGAAACAGUCUAUGAACUUACGAAAAUGUGUACUAUACGCAUGAGCUUUGUGAAGGGCUGGGGAGCAGAAUACCACCGCCAGGAUGUUACUAGCACCCCCUGCUGGAUUGAGAUCCAUCUGCAUGGCCCCCUCCAGUGGCUGGAUAAAGUUCUUACUCAGAUGGGUUCACCUCAUAAUCCUAUUUCAUCUGUGUCUUAAACGUCCUUAGGCUUCUGCCUCUUGAAAACUAUUGAGCCUUGCAUGUACUUGAAGGAUGGAUGUCAAACAUGACUGAGAACUGACAAAGGAGCCUUGAUAAUACUUGACCUCUGUGACCAACUGUUGGAUUCAGAAAAAAAAAAAAAAAAAAAAUUGGUAACAUACUGUUCAUAUCAAGAACCUGUUUAGUUUACGUUGUAACAUUCUACCAAAAAAUCAACUAAAAAGCAGACUUUUUAGCAGGACUUUGUGUAUAGUUAAAAGAGAGAUGGCCAAGCCAGGGACAAAUAAUCAAGAUUCUUUUGUGUUUGGCACUUUAAGGUCAUCAUUUGGCAAAAGUUUAGCAUUAAUACUUAGUCUUUCUGAAGUGUGUUUUUUAUCAGGUUUAGAGCCCAUGUUAAGUCUUCUUUUAAUGGGUUUUCACAAUAUUUUAAAACUGUUUAGUAAUGGUUUUUGUUUGUUUUUUAAGAAAAGGUUAAUCUUGAUGAUAUACAUAGUAAUCUUUCUAAAACUGUCUGCUGACCAUACUGCUGUCAGAAUAAUGUUAGGCAUAUGCUCUUUGCUAAAUAUGUAUGUACAAAAUAUUUGGAAGUUAAGAAUUGAUUAGACUAGUGAACUUAGGAGUAAUUCAGGGGGGUGGGGGAGAGGGAAAUGACAACGGCAAAUGUAGAAAAUACUGUAAAAAUUCAGUUUGCUUUAAAGAACAAACUGAUGUCUGAAUUUUGCUGUGUUUCAGUUUUAGAGAUUUUAUCCUACUUUUUUUUUUUUUUUUUUUUUUGGCAUUCUUCUAUCCUAUCCUCUCCGAAAAAGCAGUUAUGCAGCUGGUUAAUUCAUAUAACUGUGAGAGCAAAUGAAUAAUUUCUGCUUUUCUGAAACUGACUGCCUAUAUGUUUCAAUACCAAUUGUAUGGAGUGCUUGAAUUUAAUAAACAGUUUUUAUGGAGUUUACAGAAAUAGGCUUUAAUUUUCAAAUGAAUUGUUUGCCAAACCUAGUAACUCUGUUAAAUAUUUGGAGGAUUUAAAGAACAUCCCUG